UUUUUUUUUUAAUCUUGACGUUACAGAUUUGUUACUCAUUUAAUGAAAAGAUUGCGUACUAGUCAAGUUCGUGGUAUUUCCAUUAAAUUGCAAGAAGAAGAACGUGAGAGGAGAGAUAACUAUGUACCUGAAGUUUCUGCUCUUGAACAAGAUGUUAUUGAAGUUGAUACUGAAACCAAAGACAUGUUGAAAAUGCUGGAUUUCCAAAACAUCUCAGGAUUACAACUUGUCCUCAGCGGAACCCAGUACCCCAAGAGGAAUUAAAACAUGUCACAACCGUUAUAACAACUUAUGAUUCAGUAAAAUAUUUUUUCCAAACA